UCCAGCUCUGGGCCUCUCCGACUCCCUCACAUAGCAGCACUUGGUCUGUGCUUUACUUCUGGGAAAAUUGAAGUAGCCGCCAUAUGCCCAGUAUUUUCAUAUCUCAUGUGAAGUGCUCUCAGAGAAUGGGGAAAUAACGGCUGUGGAGAUGGGGAGCUCUCAUCUGCAGAGCAAAGGGUUACCUCUAGAAAAAGCAUUAUGGCUAUCGCUGGGUUCCAACAGAUGAAGCAAUGAAGAUAUUUUUACACAAAAAUGACUACAGUGUGCACAGCAUUCGUCCUCCUAUUAUGAAUGGCCCCAUGCACCCGCGCCCCCUGGUGGCAUUGCUGGAUGGCCGAGAUUGCACUGUUGAAAUGCCCAUUCUAAAAGAUGUAGCUACAGUGGCUUUCUGUGAUGCACAGUCUACACAAGAGAUUCACGAAAAGGUACUAAAUGAAGCCGUGGGUGCAUUGAUGUAUCACACAAUCACUUUAACAAGAGAAGAUCUGGAGAAAUUCAAAGCACUUCGAAUAAUUGUCAGAAUUGGCAGUGGUUUUGAUAACAUUGACAUAAAAUCAGCUGGAGAUUUAGGUAUAGCAGUGUGUAAUGUCCCAGCAGCCUCUGUAGAGGAGACAGCAGACUCUACAAUGUGUCAUAUUUUGAACCUGUAUAGACGGACCACCUGGCUCCACCAAGCUUUGCGGGAAGGCACAAGAGUGCAGAGCGUUGAACAGAUACGAGACAUAGCUUCAGGAGCUGCCCGAAUUCGAGGGGAGACACUUGGUAUUAUUGGACUAGGUCGCGUUGGUCAAGCAUUAGCACUGCGUGCAAAAGCAUUUGGUUUUAAUGUAAUUUUCUAUGACCCAUACCUCUCAGAUGGUAUUGAACGUGCAUUGGGUCUUCAGCGAGUGAACACUUUACAAGAUCUCCUCUUUCACAGUGACUGUGUGUCCCUGCAUUGCAGCCUGAAUGAACACAACCACCAUCUUAUUAAUGAUUUCACGAUCAAGCAGAUGAGGCAGGGUGCAUUUCUGGUAAAUGCUGCCCGGGGUGGUCUUGUCGAUGAAAAGGCACUGGCUCAGGCUUUGAAGGAAGGAAGAAUACGAGGAGCAGCCUUAGAUGUGCAUGAAUCGGAGCCAUUUAGUUUUAGUCAAGGUCCUUUAAAAGAUGCUCCAAACUUAAUCUGCACGCCACAUGCUGCUUGGUACAGUGAGCAAGCUUCAAUUGAGAUGAGAGAAGAGGCAGCCCAGGAAAUCCGGAGAGCUAUAACAGGUCGCAUCCCAGACAGCCUGAAAAAUUGUAUUAAUAAAGAUUAUCUGACUGCAGCUACUCACUGGGCUGGAAUGGACCCUACAGUAGUUCACCCAGAGCUAAAUGGUGCUGCCUAUAGGUAUCCACCAGGCGUUGUUGGGGUGGCUCCCAGUGGACUUCCACCAACAGUAGAAGGAAUAGUUCCGAGUGCUGUGCCGUUGUCACAUAGCCUCUCUACAGUACCCCACCCACCACACGCCCCUUCCCCAGGGCAAACAGUCAAACCGGAGUCUGACAGAGAUCACACAGGUGACCAAUUGUAGCCAGAUGGACCGCAUUCCGAACCUUAAGGUCUUCACCAUCCCAGAAGCUCAGAGAAGACCUGUAUUAGAAUGAUGGUGAACAAUGGACUAUGGAAAUAACUGAGCUUAGAAACUGGUCCAACUUCAAUUAAAGAUGUGGGAGAGAAGAAGAAAUUUGGUAAAUUUGUUCCUCCAUUAAAUUGUAGCUUGUCCCUAUCCAGUGGACUGAUUAACUGUUUCUGUGUCUUAUGGGUUCCCUGUGAGCAAGAAAAGUUCUAGUAGUUUAUUAUAUCAUGAAUGUACUAU